AUGGAAAAGAUCCCGAAAUGGUUCUCUGGCGUAAGAAUAAAUAUAAUUGAGAAUCUCCUAUUUGGUCCCGGAAAACCCGACUCGAAGAUUGCUGUUACCAGCAUUCGAGAGGGUAACACCAAUGUCACGCAUACUUCCUGGGGCGAACUGAGGCUAAUCGUGGGAAAGUUGGGUUCAGCCUUGCGUGUUCAUGGGAUAAAGAAGGGUGAUAGAGUCGCGGUUAUUGCCUCUAACAGCCUCAAUACUCUGUCCAUUUUCCUCGCCACUGUAUCGAUUGGCGCCAUUUUUACUUCAACUUCUACAGACAUGGGAAGCAAGGCAAUUUUAGACCGUUUGAGUCAAAUCCGCCCUACACUGGUGUUCAUCGAGGAUUUCGCCGUCUACGGGGGUAAGGUCACUGACCUACGACCGAAGGCAAUCGAACUCGUCGAAUUCCUCCAAAAAGUCCAAGAGUUUCGACAGUUGGUUGUCAUGCCGAGAUUCGAUCUGGUGACGGAUCUAUCAACCAUUCCUCGAAGCGCUUCUUUUGAAUUUUUCCUUUCCAAGGGUACUGAGACCAAGCCCAUAUUCGAAAGAGCAGCCUUUGAUCAACCAUGUCUUAUUCUCUAUUCGUCGGGGACCACUGGUCAGCCGAAGUGCAUUGUUCACGGGGCUGGCGGCAUUUUGCUGUCGCAGAAGAAAGAAUUGUUUCUACAUUUCGAAAUUGGUCCUGAAUCUGCCCAAAUGAUCUUUACCACGACUAGCUGGGCCAUGUAUAACAAGUCCAUAACAAGUCUUCUAAAUGGCGGACGCAUUGUGACCUACGACGGCAGCCCUUUUUAUCCUGAUCGAAAAGUUCUCCUCCGAAUCUGCGAAGGACAAAAGUUGACACAUCUGGGCAUUUCUCCGCGAUACCUCGAUGAACUACAGCGUCAUCAGAUCAACCCUCGAGAUAUUGCAGACCUAUCCAGCCUGAGGAUGGUUAAUGUCACGGGUGCAACGCUUCUUCCCGAACAGGCCCGCUGGUUCUACGAGAAGGCGUUCCCUUCAAACGUCCAUCUAGCAAACUCUGCUGGUAGUACCGAUACGGCUUGUCAAUUUGCUGCCCAGAACGCCUUUCUGCCCGUAUACCCUGGCGAAUUGCAAUCAGCCGCUCUGGGAAUGAAGCUUGAAGUGUUUGAACAGUCCAAUAACAGUGAUGGAGAAGGUGCAAUCCAGGGUAAACCUGCUGGAGCAGAUACCGCAGGAGAGCUCGUAAUUACAGCACCUUUCCCGACAAUGCCCAUCAUGUUUUGGGGCGAAGGCGGAGCAAAACGCUACCAUGCCUCGUACUUUGCAACGUUUGAAGGCGUCUGGACACAAGGAGACUUCAUCAAGGUGCACGCUGAUACUGGAGGUAUCGAAUUCUUGGGACGUUCUGACGGCGUCCUCAAUCCCUCUGGUGUCAGGUUUGGCUCGGCCGAAAUUUACAGUGUACUGCAAGACUUCCCGCAAAUCGCUGAUUCGAUUUGUGUGGGCCAGCGCCGACGGCAAGAUUCGGAUGAGAGGGUCUUCCUCUUCAUUCUCAUGCGACCCGGGGCUAGCUUCGAUGCUGAACUGGUAUCUGAUAUCAAACUAGCGAUCCGAAAACGUCUAUCAGCUCGUCACGUUCCCAAGUACGUCUUCGAAUGCAAGGAAAUUCCUAUGACCCUGACUAAUAAGAAGAUGGAAUUACCUGUCAAAAGAAUCAUCUCGGGCAAUUUCGAUGUGUCUACUUCGGCAAUUGCGAAUCCGGGGAGUUUGAAGUUCUUUGAGCAGUUUUCCCGAAUCGAGGAACUAGAGGCUCGAAGCAAUGGUUCGCGUGGAAUCUUAGCCAGACUAUAA